GGCUCUAGAUCUGUGGCGCUGGUGGUGGAAUGGCGGCGAUCUUGACGGCGCUUGCGGCAUUUGCCCGGUAUGGCUGCGAUCUCGACGGCGCUUGGUGCAUUUGCCCGGGAUCACAAGGGAAAUCGAAUGCAAAGAAGAAGAAAAAGAAGGAAGGCAUGGGCCGCAUGGCAGCGAGCGAAGUUUUGGAUGGAUUUUCACCAAACGAGUUCCUUGAUUCGUGCCAUGAUUGUGGGGAUUGAUUUGCAAGGAUAGCAACAACCGGGUUCCAUUUUCCAGUUUUCUAGCAAAGCUUUGCAAUGCGUGACAACGACGAGGAGAAGCCGGCAAUGUCUCAUCCCAGCCCAGCGUUGCUCGUCGGGCAUUGUCCAUGGUGCAAUAGAAAGGACUCGAGUGUGACCAUCGGGAUUGCAAACUAUAGAUGGCGGAUCCACAAGUGCUUGCUCGUCCGCCGGAGCUCUUACUUCGAGCGCGUGCUAGACACGAUCGACCAAGACGAGCAUUUGCUACCGCCGGGCUUCCCAGGCGGCGCCGCGGCGCUGGAUGCGGUGGUGAGCUUCUGCUUCGACUCGCGAGUGCCGGUGAUGAGGCCCUGGAACGUCGCUGCGCUGCGGUGUGCCGCCGAGUUCCUUGGCAUGGACGAGCGGCGCAGCACGUCAAACUUGAGCAGCAAAGCCGACUCCUACCUCGUCCGCGUCGUGCUGCGAAGCUGGCCUCACACGCUGCUCGUCCUCGCCGACUGCUACAACGCGUUGCUUCCGCUGGCCGAGGAACUGGGAAUCGUCGGAAAGUGCUUAGAGGCUCUUGCGACGUUGAUCGUCACCACCAUCGGCAGCAGCAACACCAGUGAUGGUGGCGACGAUGAUAGGACUUGGUGGCUGGAGGAUAUAGUGCGAAUGCCACCUGUUUUCUUCGGGAGGAUGGUGAGAUGCUUGAGAAGCAAAGGAGUCUGCGAGAGGUUCGUUGGCGAGCUCAUUGUCAAGUGGACGGAGAUGUGGCUCUUUAGCAGCAGCAGUAACACCAGCGGCGAGAACGACGACAAGAAUGACCAGCCGCUAACUCUCACCAAGUCGCCUUCGACGGUUUCAUCGCUUACGUCCUCGCUCGAUGGUGUGGCAGCUGAUCCGGAUUGUGCUGAACGGUGCUUGGAUUUUGCGCUGGAGAGGAUAGUUUCCAACGACGAUGGCAUGGAACUGGCGAGCUCGAGGACGUGCUCGUAUUCUUCGUCCUGCGAGCAGGAUCACGAGGAAGAGUCGAGGGUGAACGUAUCUCCGGAUCUCCAACUUAGCUGCAAGCCGAGAGUAACUCACACGAGCUCGCCGGCUGGGAGUACUACGGCCUUAGAGAAGCUGGGACUUUUGGAAGCCUUGGCUGGGAUACUUCCUUACGAGCGGACAGCACUUCCGGUCAGCUUCCUCUUUCUGCUCCUCCGGUAUGCCUUUGCGAUGGAUGCGAGCUCCGAAUGCAAGUCUCAGAUCGAAACGAGGAUCUCCCUGCAGCUGGAGAAUGCUACACUCGACGACUUUCUACUGCCGUUCAAGUCGCCCACGAAAGAGAACUGUGAGAGGAACUUGGAGCUGGACAGCAUGAAGGCGAUCGUAGCUCGGUUUCUCACUCAGCAGCAGCGUAACAUUCUGAGCGCCAACAGCGAGCACCAGCUUCUCUGCCGCGGCUCGAGCGGUUCUCCGAAUGCUAUCCAGCAGCAGCAAACGGUGAGCUCGGUCGCACAGGUUUGGGACCAGUAUCUCUCGGAGAUUGCAUGCGACGGGAAGAUCUCUCCUCAGAAGUUCUCCGAGCUGGUGGAAGUUGUCCCUGCCUAUGCUCGCGCCAACCACGAUCAACUUUACAAGGCUAUUCAUACGUUCUUAAAGGCACACGUUGAUGCGUCCCAGCAUGAACGAGCAGCAGUCUGCCGAGCUCUAAACUGCCUGAAGCUGUCACAGGAAUCGUGCAUUCAGGCCGUCCAGAACGAGCUGAUGCCACUCCGGACGAUAAUCCAAGCUAUGUUUAUGCAGCAGCUCCAGACCCGCAAUGCUAUCAACAGUCACCUGCGACCAGGGGGAGGAUUACACCGCAGCCCCUCUCCAAUCCAGCAGCAGCAGCAGCAAAUGCGACUUAACCAUUUUUCCGAAAAGGUUGUCAUCGAAGGCCUCUUAGAGACCAACACGAGGCUGCAGGGCCUGGAAGAAGCGAUGGCUCAGAUGAGGAAGAGCUUGCGCGAGUCGUCGGCAACUAGGCUGAGUGACUUAUUCGCUUGCAACGACAAAGAGGUGGUGAAAAACACCCGCAACGAUCAACACCAGGUCCAGGACAACGCAAGCAGCUGUAGGAGCAGCAGCGCGAGUAGUUCACAGCGAUCGCAAAAGAGCAGCAGUAGCAGCAGCAGCAAGAACUGGAAGAGGAAGUUCUUCCAGAGGCUCAGAGGCCCCAGAGGUGGCGGCGGUGGCAGUAGCAAGGGAGUUGCCAGAGUCGCACGAGUGUUCCAAAAGAUGGGAAUUUGCCAAGCUGCCAGUAGGAGCUUUCCGGCCAGCAGCUUCACCGAGCUGCCGUACUGCGUAUCAGGCGGAGCUCCAGCGCCACCGUCGACGCCGACCGGCUGCAUUCCCAUUCCUCCUCUGGACACACAAGAGAACAGCACCGCCACCAAAAACUCGAACUCUCCGGCGGUGAUGAAGCAGCAAAAGAAGUCCAGCUGGGACGAUGGCGAGCUGAUGAAGCAACGGCACCAGCGUCACCAGCAACACCACCACAAAAAGCACUCGAGGCAGCACUCGGUUGCUUGACUCCACACACAGGACCAAAGUCGACCAUAACUUCCGGCAGGGUAUUGGAUGUUUCUUGAACCAUUUCGUCAAGUUCCUUUUGGUUCUCGUCUUUUAUAUGGUUAGCUUGCUUUUGCUUUUCUUUCACUGACAAGGCUCCCGUGCUCGAUCACGAAAAGCCUUCCAGAAUCCGGAGCAUCAAACUUUUAUAUGUUCAACCAGGCUGUGAAACACCUCUAUGGUUGAUAGAGGCGGAGAUCCAAGAGCCGUGCAAGAGCAAGCUCCUCACUCUCCA